UAUUGGUACCUACUCUCGAAUAGGUUGAAGUUGAACCAACCCCAUUCCCCAGGGUCACCAAUUUUCUUCCAAUUCUGAUAAACGAUAAUCCGUUUUCGGUCCAAACUCCAAAUUCGAUAUAUUGGGCAAGGAUGAAUUGAAUUAAUAGUUUGACUCUUCAGUCUUCCAUCAUCCUGUGCCUGAAGACUCGCUAGGUGAUACGUGUUUUCUGUAGAUUACUCGUCCAUGGAGGAUUAUUCUCUCCCUCAAGAUUCUCUUUUUCUUGGAUUCGACAGUUCUACUCAGUCUCUCAAGGCGACGGUUCUAGACUCCAACCUCAACAUUGUGGCUUCUGAGAUAGUGCAUUUUGAUUCUGAAUUGCCCCAUUACAAGACAAAGGAUGGAGUCUACCGAGACCCAUCUGAGAACGGCAGAAUUGUCUCCCCCACAUUGAUGUGGGUGGAAGCUCUGGACCUCCUGCUUGGGAAAUUCGCCAAGUCCAAGUUGGACUUCGGAAGGAUUGCUGCCGUUUCUGGCAGCGGACAGCAACACGGUAGUGUGUACUGGAAGAAUGGCAGUUCUGCCAUACUGGGUUCUCUAGAUGCCAGGAAACCAUUAGUGGAUCAGCUUGGAAACGCAUUUUCCAUUAAGGAAUCACCCAUUUGGAUGGAUAGCAGCACCACCGAUCAGUGUAAGGAGAUAGAGAAAGCUGUUGGAGGUGCACUGGAGUUGUCCCGGCUUACAGGGUCCCGUGCACAUGAGAGGUACACAGGCCCACAAAUCCGGAAGAUAUUCGAGAAGCAGCCAGAUGUUUAUCGUGAGACUGAGAGGAUCUCCCUUGUUAGUUCCUUCAUGGCAUCUCUUCUUAUUGGAGCUUACGCUAGUAUCGAUGAGACUGAUGGAGCGGGGAUGAAUUUAAUGGAUAUCAAACAUCGUGUCUGGUCUAAAAUUUCUUUGGAGGCUACUGCACCAGGAUUAGAAGAAAAGCUGGGACAAUUAGCACCUGCCCAUGCUAUUGCUGGUUUCAUUGCCCCUUAUUUUGUGGAGAGGUUCCACUUCAACAAGAACUGUUUGAUAAUUCAGUGGUCUGGAGACAAUCCAAACAGCUUGGCAGGUCUGACCCUUAACUCUCCAGGGGAUUUAGCAAUUAGUCUUGGCACCAGUGACACAGUUUUUGGGAUAACCAAUGAGCCCCAACCUUGUUUAGAGGGACAUAUUUUCCCUAACCCUGUUGAUACAGCAGGUUACAUGGUAAUGUUGUGCUACAAGAAUGGAUCUCUAACUCGUGAAGAUGUACGGAACCAGUGUGCAGAGCAAUCUUGGGAGGUUUUCAAUGAAUUCCUGGAGAAAACACCUCCCCUAAAUGAUGGAAAGCUGGGAUUCUACUAUAAGGAGCAUGAAAUUCUUCCUCCUCUUCCAGUUGGUUUCCAUCGUUAUGUUCUUAGAAACUUCACCAGUGACUCGUUAAAUGGGUUGGAAGAGCAUGAAGUGGAGGAAUUUGAUGCUCCUUCAGAGGUACGAGCUAUAAUUGAAGGCCAGUUUCUCUCAAUGCGAGCUCAUGCAGAAAGAUUUGGGAUGCCAUCUCCUCCAAAACGAAUAAUUGCAACUGGUGGGGCAUCAUCAAACCAGAGCAUUCUCAAAUCAAUUUCUUCCAUCUUUGGUAGUGACGUCUAUACAGUCCAAAGGCCAGACUCUGCUUCCCUGGGUGCUGCCUUGAGGGCAGCACACGGAUGGCUUUGCAACAACAAACGCUCUUUCGUGCCUAUCUCAUGCAUGUAUGAGGACAGAUUAGAGAAAACAUCCCUUGGCUGCAAGCUUUCAAUGAAAACUGGAGACCCUGAACUUCACUCCAAAUACACCUUGUUGAUGAAAAAGAGAAUGAAUAUUGAGGAGAACCUUGUUCAAAAGUUGGGGCGCUGGUAAAAUUACGUAGUAAAGACAAAAAGACCACACAACAGUGGAAUUAAGCAAUAAUUUAAAGAAAAUAUAUAGAAGGUGCUUUUUCUGUGAUAGAUUGUAGUUGUUAGAUGAGUUUUAUGUUAAGAUCCUGUUAAUAGGAACAAAAUGAAGAAUACUUGUAAGAUGGAGACAUGGAUUUGAGCGUACUGUGUUCAGAAACACAAGCUGAUACUACAACACACUGGUUCAAGGAGAAGCAUACCGUCUUAAGCUACUA